UUUCGCUUCCUCCUCCUCUAGCUCCCCAUUCCCCUUGCCUUCAAGAAAUUCACACACCCACACACCCACACACACAGAGAGUAAACUAUGGCCUCCUCCUCCUCCACUCCUCUCCACAUCGUCGACCAAGAUAACGACGAAUUUGAUUGGGAGGCAGCAGUGAGGGAGAUUGAUGUGGCCUGUGCUCAAACCACAACUUCUUCUACAAAUUAUUGUGCUAAUAACGGUUCUAAUCACGUAAUUAAUUGCAAAAUCCCUACUUAUACUUCUUCAAAUCCGAGAAUUCAAGAAACCCACAAAAAAUCAGUGCCCAAUCAGAGCAAUUUUGCUUAUUUUGCUUCUUCUUCCCGGCAAUUGACUCUAGAUAGGUUUAUUGGGAUUGUUCCCAGAAACUCCAAUGGGCACCAGAGGGAAAAGCACUGCAAUGGGUUUUUAAAAAACAAGAAUAAUAAUUUUAACAGUAAUUGUCAGAUUAAUGUUGGUAAUAGUGGUGAGGGACAGAAGGGGCAAGCUGAAGAUGAAGAAGAAAAUGUCGGCUUUGUGAAGAUUGAUCCUGAGGCAGCUAAGACUUGGAUUUACCCAGUUAAUAUCCCUCUUCGUGACUAUCAGCUCAAUAUUACGCGGACUGCUUUGUUUUCCAACACUUUAGUGGCAUUGCCUACUGGGCUUGGGAAAACUCUUAUUGCUGCUGUUGUAAUGUAUAACUAUUUCAGAUGGUUUCCAGAAGGAAAAAUUGUAUUUGCAGCUCCUUCUCGACCACUUGUACUGCAACAAAUUGAAGCAUGCCAUAAUGUUGUAGGAAUACCACAGGAAUGGACUAUUGAUCUGACAGGUCAAACAAGUCCCACAAGAAGAGCAGACCAUUGGAGAAGUAAACGAGUUUUUUUUGUUACUCCCCAAGUUCUUGAGAAAGAUAUUUAUUCUGGUUCAUGUUUGGUGAAGCAUCUUGUCUGUUUAGUGGUUGACGAGGCUCAUCGUGCAACAGGCAACUAUUCGUAUUGUGUUGCAGUUCGUGAGAUAGAUAUAUCUAUUUUUGAGCAUGAGCAAGAAACAGGAAGUUGCUUUGUGUCUAUGGGCAAUGAUGCGGUUGAAAUAAAUAAUUUGAUCUUGGAAGUAAUACGCCCUUAUGUUGCUCGGCUUUCUGCAAUCGGGGUACUUAAAAAUAGAGAUUGCCAGACGUUAAGCCCAUGUGAUUUACUCAACUCGAGGGACAAAUUUCGGGAAGCACCACCAGAAAACCUGCCUCAUAUUAAGUAUGGAGAAGUUGAAGGAUAUUUUGGUGUACUCAUAACGCUGUACCACAUCAGGAAAUUGCUGUCUAGCCAUGGUAUAAAGCCUGCAUUUGAGAUGCUUGCAGAAAAAUUGCAACAGGGGUCUUUUGCACGUUUUAUGAGUUGGAAUGAAGUUCUUCUAAAAGCAAAACUUCUAAUGCAGCAAAGCAUAUCUCAUGGAGCUCCUAGUCCCAAAUUGUCAAAAUUGCUGGAAGUCUUGGUGGAUCAUUUUAAAAUGAAAGAUCCACUUGAGUCAAGGGUUAUAAUUUUCUCAAAUUUCAGGGGAAGUGUAAGGGAUAUAAUGAAUGCAUUAAAAGACAUUGGGGAAUUUGUAAAAGCUACUGAGUUCGUGGGUCAGACUUCAGGUAAAGCAUUAAAGGGCCAGUCACAGAAAGUUCAACAAGCUGUUUUGCAGAAAUUUAGAACCGGUGGGUACAAUGUCAUUGUUGCAACUUCAAUUGGUGAAGAAGGUUUAGAUAUAAUGGAAGUUGAUCUUGUUAUAUGCUUUGAUGCUAACAUCUCACCAUUGAGAAUGAUUCAGCGCAUGGGCAGAACUGGAAGAAAGCAUGAAGGACGAGUAGUUGUUUUAGCUUGUGAGGGGUCUGAAUUAAAGGGUUACAUGAGGAAACAAGCCAAUAGCAAGGCUAUUAAGAAGCACAUGAGAAACGGGGGAGCAAAUAGUUUCCAAUUUCAUUCAAGUCCGAGGAUGAUUCCCCAUGUUUUCAAACCAGAGGUCCAGUUUGUAGAGCUUUCAAUUGAACAGUUUGUUCCACGUGUAAAGAAAGUGAAUGAUGAUGACCAGCCAAUCCAGUCGCCUGCAUAUAAAGCCAAGUUAACAGAUGCUGAGAAUGACUUAAUAUCUAAAUAUUUCAGCACCACCAGGGAAAACACUUGGAAACCAUCACUUAUUGCCUUUCCUCAUUUCCAAGCAUUUCCGUCCAGAGUACACAAAGUGCUGCAUUCAUUUAGGACAGGGAUUCUAAUAGAUGCAAUGCAAUGUUUACAAGGAUUACCAUUUUCUACAUGCAGUACAGCUGUUAAAGUUGAGGAUAGUGCCUCUCCAGAACCAUGCUCAGCAAGUGAAGCUCUUGAACAGUGUAAUGGCAAAAUUAAAGCUUUUCUUACAGAAACAAGCACUUCUGGGGACUUUCCUAUAGAGGAUUGCAUAAGAGAAGUUUCACUGGCUAGUUUAGAACCCAAAGAGGAUUUAAGAACUAGAGAGGAUUCCUAUGCGCUAGGUUCUCAAGGUUCUCAAUGUAAAAACUUGGUCCAUUCCUUUCUCUUCAGCUCUGGAUUGAUAUCUGUAGAUGAUCUUGGGACAGUACAGGUUUUAUCUGUGUCACAAUUUCCAGUGAAAGAAGUUCUGCUUUCUAAAAUUAUGACUACCAGCAGAGCAGCUCCAUUCUAUCAUCUGAAACAAAAUAUUGCAUGCAUUGAUGCUUCCACUUAUGUAUGCGAAGAACGUGUGGGGAAUGCAAAAGAUGAUUCUAUAUCCCAGAUAAGAUCCAGUCAAGAUGACAAAGAUUGUGCAUUUAAAUUAAACAGCUGUAAUGCAUCAGGAGAAAAAACUUUAGGAGAGAUUAUUCUUGAGACUCCAAUUCCCAAGCCAAUGUCAGAUGGAGGUGAGAGUAUUAAUAAUAGUCCUGAAGAUAGAGCACCUAUGUUGUUUGCUGCUGAGGCCAAUGAUGAUCCAAUGGAUGUUGAGUUUAGUCCCAGGCUUACUAACUUUAUGGAGUCCGGUAUUGUUCCAGAAUCUCCUAUAAGCAGUAGUGGAAUGCCGGAGAUUCAAAGAGAUGAUAUUAUGGUACCAGAUCUUGUUUCAACCCCCAUGGUCCAUGCACAGUCAGUAGUGAAGUAUUUGGGGCAGAAUGAAAUUAAUGUCAUUUCUUCGCUGACCAAUGAUAUUUCUGCAAAACAAAUGAAGAAUAGUACUCCAGCAAGCAAAUUUAGAACUCCAACUGUUGAUGAAUGUCGAUCUCCUUUCAUUAAAUCACCAGACAUUGGCUUUAGCAAAGACUGGCAAUUGAAUCCAGGAGGAAAUUCACAUGGUGUUAAACAAAGAUGCAAGUUUAAAAGAUUGCGCAAGCAUGGAGAUCUCUGUAGGGCUAAGCCUCAGGAUUGCAAAGAACAGACAAGUGGCCCCACCAGAAACUUCACAAGUUCUUCUGUUGGUGCAGAUGAUGGUCAGAAUCAUCAUCAUAGAGGCGCGAAGUUCAUCUCAAAUAGAGCCAAAGUGUUUGUUGAAGAUGAAGCAGAGGUAUCUUUGGAGGUUAUGGUAUCUUCUGAUGAGGAAGAUGAGCAGGAGGACAAUUCAUACGAAGAUAGUUUUAUUGAUGAUAGAAUAAAUCCUACAGCAAAAAGUACUCAAGCAGAAGAGAGUGGUAUUGAUAUGAUGGCUGUUUACAGGCGUUCCUUGCUCAGUCAAUCACCAUUAGUAGGAGUGGCAAAUUUCUCUGAACAUUUUACUCCUAGUUCUGAUGUUCCAAGAAAUGAAAGAACAAGCACUUCAGGAUCAGAAAGUCAUUUGGUUCAAAAGCCUGAGAAUGGCUUAGAGUCUACCGCCAGGAAUUCAGCAUCCCUCCAUUUCAAUCUUGACAGAGUUUCCUCAGAUGCUUUGCUCUCCAGAAUUACUACUUCUCCAAAAGAAGAAAAAAGCAAGAUGGAGAAUCGAAAGAGAAAAUUAUUCUAUAAAUCUGGUUUCUUACCAGUACAUAACUUAGAAAAAGAGUUUUUCGUUGGUUCUGUCGCUUCUGGACACGACUCUAUGUUGCAUGAACAAACCGACAAAAUUCAAGAAAAUAGCAAAACGUUUCUGGACAAUGAUAUCACAGAAAACAGGAAUAUCUUUGAUGACGAUCAAUUCUACAAUGCCAUUGAUCUUGAUGCUAUAGAAGAACAAGCUGCCAAAUUACUUGGAUUCAAAACGGACUACUCAAAACAGAAUCAGGUACCUAUUGCUGAACCAGUGCCAGUAAACCCUUCUCUUCUAGGUUCUCCUUCUUUUGAUCUUGGAAUUUGAUUCUUAAGGGUGGUUAGAACUUACAAGAGGAUUAUACAGGAGGUACAGGAUUUCUUUUUUGUACAUAGAGAUCUAUAGUGAAAGUUGUAUAUAUCUUGUAUUGCAAAAUGAAAAGACGCAAGUUUAUACAUGGAAUCAAAUUAUUUAUGUUGUAGUGGCAAA